GGAAAGUAUUGGAAGAAAUUUAAAAACUAUUAAAAAGAUUAGAUAGUUGAAAUAGCUUUAAAAAGAAAUCGAAAAUUAUAAAGAAGAGAAAAGAAAAAUAAAAAAUGCAAAUGAAAAAAAAUGAUACAUUUACUUUUUAAUACAGAAUAGACUCAAAAUAAUAAAGUUUAAAUCUGAGGGAUCUAAAGUUUAUUCUAGAGGAUCUAUAUCUCAUUUAAUGUUCACACCAAAGACCUACAAAAUUACAAUUUGAGAAUUUGCUUAAUAAUUAUCCGAGCUUAAAGAAGAUUUAAGAAGACAACACAAAGCUGUCAAAUUAACCUAACUAUUAGUAUUAAAGAAGGAAAUAAAAAAUCUAAAAGAGGAAAUCAUAGUAUGGUUUAAAAAAGUUUAAUAAGUUGCCAUUCAGCUAACAGACCUGUCUUCAUAUGGAAAAAGUUUAUUUAGUGAACCAGAAAUAAGAGGAGAGCAUAUUAAAAAUAAUGUCAUAACUAUUAAUGCCUAUUAAGAGAAAAAAAUUGAAGUAUCAUUUCUAAAAUAAAUCAUCAUCCAUACUAAAAAAAUAAAUAAAACAACUCAAAUAUGAAUAUUAAGAAGAAAGUUAUAAGAUAUAAAUAAUUAGAAUAAUAUUAUAUUUCAAUAUAAAAAUAAAAAAGGAAGUUAAGCAGAUUUCUUUUCGGAUAAUGCAAUUAAUUGGAAGCUUUGAGGAUCAAAUAAUUACAGAAAUAUCAUUUUCAAUAAAUAAAUUAUAUUAUAUUAAUUUAAUUUAAAAAAAAUAUUGA